AUGGAGCGUUCUACGCUUUACUUUUCAAUCAUAAUCAUAUUGAUAUUAAAUACAAUAAGUGUUGCUCUUGAAACUCGAAAAGGAAUAAUCAAUGGUCGAAAAACAACAUAUUCAAUGGAAUAUCUCGGAAUUCAAUAUGCCAAAACUAAUCGAUGGCAACCACCAAUUGAUCUUUCCUUGGACAUGUAUCCAAAUGGUUCAUUUGACGCCACAUCAUUCGGUCCAUGUUGUUUGCAAAGACUCAUUCUUGUCUGGGUACACGGAGGUGGUUUACGGUCUGGUUGUUCUUCCCAAAGUAUUCCAUUAUUGUACAAUGGAACGAAUAUCAUCGCGAAUUCGCCUCGGCAGUCAAUAGUCGUUGUAACAAUUAACUAUCGAUUAGGUGUGUUGGGUGAUUUGUAUUUAAAAGAAUUAAAUGAAGAAAAUCGAACUGAAUGGCCAACUUCUGGAAAUUAUUUUCUUCAAGAUAUUUUAUCCGCUCUACGUUGGAUUAAAGUGAAUAUUCGUGACUUUGGAGGCGAUAAAGAUAAUGUACUUCUAUUCGGAGAAAGUUCAGGUGCGAAUGCAGUUGUUGAUCUUGGCGCUGUGAAAGGAUCAUCAAAUCUGUAUCAACAUGUGAUUUCUCAGUCAGGUGGUUCAGGUAAUUAUUUAUAUUAUACAAAUAUGAGUAAUGCCCUCAAUUUAUCAAAUGAAAUUGUUCAAAAUGUUAAUUGUUCGAAUAAUGAUAGUCAAAUGAAACUUGAUUGUUUACGCAAAGUUUCGUUCGAAGAUUUGGAUAGUGCAUAUGGUCAUCGUCAAACAAAACCGGUGAUUGAUGAUUACUUUUUUCCAUUUUAUCCACCUUUAGCAAUUGAAAAUGGAAAUUAUAAUGAAAAUUUAAGUUUAAUUUUCGGAAAUAAUAAUGAUGAAAAUGCAUUUUGUUUUGUAUUUCCUCAAAUGAAUUCAACUGAGUUAAAUACAUUAUUAGUUUCAUCGAUGGGUCAAAAAUGGGUACCAGUUGUUACCAAUUCGUAUCGAGUUAAUAAAUGCUCAUCAAAUCAAAACUCAACUAAUCGUUGUUGUGAUUUAUUCAAUUCAAUUGUAACAGAUAAAAUGUUUGAUUGUAACGUACGUCGAAUCUAUCGAAAUUCAUAUUUGAAAUCGAAUAAAAAGCCAAAUGUAUUCUGGUAUCAUUUGAAUUGCAAUCCAGGAAUUUGUCCUCAAUCUUCACUUGAACAAGGCGCGGGUAUUUGUACUCAUACGUCUGAAAUUCCGUUCGUUUUUGGAACGAUAAGUAGUUACGAAUCAUCGAAUUCUCUCAAUUGCACUUGGGAUAAUCAAUCACGGAUAUUUUCGAAUCAGAUCAUUCAGCAUUGGGUUAGUAUAGCAAAAGAUGGAAAACCGUUAUCAUCAUGGUCAGUUUAUGAUUUUUCAGCACCGAAAUAUUUUUAUAUAACACCUUUCCAAGAAUUCGCGUCAGUUUUGUGGGCUGGAAACUGUGACAUAUUUGACCAAAUUGAACGGGAAGGUGUCCAUGAAUUAUUUGGAAAUCAGUCGAAUCAUAUAAAAACAUCUUUGGUAUUAUAUAUUUUAUCAUUAUUUGUUUUCAUGAGAUUUUCAUAG